AAAUGAGCGAUUCACUGGGUUCACGAACUGGACAUCUCUACGGCGGAGAGAGCUGAGAGAGGAGAACGCAGAGAGCGGAGAGAGACUCUGGGAGGAAGAGACGGACAGACGGUGAAAAUGGGAGUCGAGAUUGAGACCAUAACCCCCGGCGACGGAAGGACUUUUCCCAAAAAAGGACAGACCUGUGUGGUGCAUUAUGUUGGCUCUCUGACAGACGGCCGGAAGUUCGACUCUUCCCGUGACCGGGACAAGCCCUUCAAGUUCAAGAUCGGUAAACAGGAAGUGAUUCGUGGCUGGGAGGAAGGUGUCGUGCAGAUGAGUGUAGGCCAGCGAGCGAAACUGACCUGCUCUCCAGACUAUGCCUAUGGCAACAAGGGCCAUCCUGGAAUCAUCCCACCAAACGCCACCCUCAUCUUCGACGUGGAGCUUCUCAGUCUGGAGUGACACAUCCUCACUGCCUGUUCUUAUUCAUGCUUUUAUUAUUUGUUUGUCAGCUAUUUUGGACACGGGGAGAAAUCUUGCAGCCUUGGACUCUGCUAGGGAUCUGGGUUUGAACUAAGUUUUCUUGAGCCUAAUGUUCCAGCCUUUCAAUCACUACUUUAUCCCUAGUUUAUUUAUAUUCUCCUCAAUCUCCUGUAUGUACAAUCUAUAGUGGUGGUUCUUGUGGGACACUAUACUAACCUGGAUUAAAUUAAUGUUUUCUUUUUCUCUUAACUCGAGUCAUCCAGUCAGUAAUGGAACCCUUGUUGAACUGAAGGUUGUCCCUAUGGUCUAAGGUAACCCACCACUUAUAUAGAACAUAUCCUGCAAGGUGUCUAUAUAACUAGCCUUGUUAUUUUGUUUGGGGUUGUGCAUGAUCAAACAACGACUUACCAACAAAUCUAGUAUAAUUGUCACUUAUUCACAUAUUUGCAUGUUAUAAUUCAAUAAUAAACAGCCCUUCAUGAAUAUUGGUGCGCUUUAGGCCAAGUAUUUGUGUGACUGAACAAAUAGAAAGCACACGCCUUUUGCUCAGUACUAAAGACUAGAGAAUUACCUAGACUAGAUGAACAAGCACCCGCUCCUAUUUUAGUUUAAACGCUUAGGCUUGCCUAGUGGACUUUGCUCUAGUUCAUAGUGUUGAUAAUAUUUAAUUAGUUAUACAUUCGACACCUUAUCACAGUUCAGUGUUUUGAUGAAAAAGGCUCCUGCUACAUAAUAUGUCUGUGAUACUAUAUUGACACCAGAAAAUGCUGUUGUUGUACAGAAAGAUGCUCCUGAAAUGAUCUGCCUGUAUGUUAAGCGAGCUUGUUUUAAGUUGAUGUGUUUGAUUAGUGCCGAACAAUUGGGAGCCAUUAUGGUCUGUGUUUUCCAUGAUGUGUGUUUAUUUCUGACCUUUUUUGUUAUAAGAGACAUUGGCAUGACAGUAACGUAUGCUAUUUAUAGACAUGCUUAUCAUUUCAUAUCAUUUAAUCAAAGUCCGCUACAUUUUUAAGCAAACAAUCAACUUCCUCUGCACUGUGUGCACAUGAAAUUGGAGUGAUGCUCUCAUUACAGCUUCGAUGCCCAAAACUGGUAAAAGAGGUUGCGAUAUGCUACAACUAAAUUGCUACCUACAAAACUUUUUUGCAUUAAUAUAUAUUUUUCAAAUGCCAAGUUUUUAGAGCUAAAGUAUUAUAGGUAGGACUACAUUUUAAAUUAUUUUGCAAAUUGUCUAUUAUUAUUAGUAUUAAUAAGAACCACACUGCCUAGAAAAGCACUGUGUUUUGUUGGUCUGAGGGAUAGAGGCAGUAGUGUUUUGUAUGGCUGAAUAAAAAGAAAAAGUUUUGAUGUAAAGCAAAUGUUUGAACAAAUGACUUGAGUUGAUGCUGUUUUCUAUUGCUGAAGUUUAAGCAUCAAUGUAUGUGGCUUUAAUAGUACUUAUACGCGAUGUAUGUGUGCCGAGUGACAUAAACAGGCCGUAAACCAAUGAACAAGUGAAAAUGCGCUAUUGCAAUAAAUGCUUUUUAUCCACCUUGGA